AUGCUGCAGGAGUGGAUUUCCACGCUUGGCCAUGGGGUGUCUGCAGCCAGGCCUGCCCAUUCGGGGAUUUCAGCCAGUCUGGCCCGUCCGGGGACUUUGUCUGAGUCUGUACCCAGUUCUGUCCUGCCUGGGUCUGUAGCCAAUUCGAUCCUCCAUCGGUCCGCAGCCAACUUUCGCCUCCCUUUGUCCACAGACAGCUUCGUCCCUCAGUCUGCAACCAGCUUUGUCCUCCCUCAAUCCGCAGCCAGCUUUGCCCUCCCUCGGUCCACAGCCAUCCUUGUCCUUUCUCGGUCCACAGCCAGCUCUGUCCUGCCUGGGUCUGCAGCCAAUUCGAUCCUCCCUCAGUCAGCAGCCAGUUCUGUCCUGCCUGGGUCUGCAGUCAAUUCGAUCCUCCCUCGGUCAGCAGCCAGUUCUGUCCUGCCUGGGUCUGCAGUCAAUUCGAUCCUCCCUCGUCUGCAACCAGAUUUGUCCUCCCUCGGUCCGCAGCCAGCUUUGCCCUCCCUCUGUCCGCAGCCAGCUUUUUCCUCCCUCGUUCCGCAGCCAGUUUCGUCCUCUCCUGUUCUGCAGCCAGCUUUGUCCUCCCUCUGUCCGCAGCCAGCUUUGUCCUCUCUUACUCUGCAGCCAGCUCCGUCCUCCCUUGGUCCGCAGCCAGCUUCAUCCUCUCCCAGUCCGCAGCCGAUUUUGUCUUACCUGGACCUGCACCCAGGCUUUCAUGUCAAGGUCCCAGACCCAGGCCAGCACUGGUGUCAGCAGCCAGUUUUUCCCUUCCUGGGUCUGCAGCCACUCUGA